UAAUCUUCUAAACACAUAAUACAACACAAUGUUAUCAUAUUUAUUCCUUCAUUCAAGCCGUACAAAAAUGUUAUUGAUGCAAUAUCUUUCUUGUGUUUACGUUUACAUAGAAGCAUCUCAAGCAUCACUAGUUAUAUAAAGUGGCAAUAAAACACAAGUCUCAAAAUGGAAGAAAAUAAUCCUUUGGAACCGACUCCAGUUACUCCACCGAAGAAGGGUCUUGGAAGUAAUGCAAGGGGUAGGCCGACAUCCGACAAAACUGUAAAGUUUACUCCACAGCCAAAAUCUAUGAUAUCGCGGUUAUUGAGACGAAUAAGGAAACAGAAUUGUGAUAAAAUUAACAAAAGAAUCCACUCUGGCAUUCACGUUUCUCACAUUAACUUAAGUACGGAAGAUGUUAAUUCUAAAACGGACUCAGUCCUGGAAGAACCCCAGUUAUCAAACACUUAUCAGAGUAUUCAAGGAACUUACGCUGUUGAUGUGGAUGAUAAUCGUGAUAAUUAUAAGAAUAGUUUAAAUGCUGAAGAACAAAACAAUGUUCAGAAUAAUACAACAACACUUUGGGAUAAGAAGUGUGAAGAACCAACACCACUUGACAUUACUUGUUAUGUAUGCUCACAUAGAAGCAGCGGCCAACAAGCACACAGAAAGCAUUUAAGCAUUCACAGAAAUCAGCCCUACACCUGCAACUUUCCAGAUUGCAAGUACACCUGUAAGUUGUCCUGUAAUCUCAUCAAGCACAAAAGGAUACACACAUCGGAGAAACCAUUUCUUUGCGAUCAGUGCACAUUCAGAUCAAACUUUGCCAAUUCACUGAAAGUGCACAGAAGAAUUCACACAUCAGAAAGACCAUAUGGCUGCCAGCUCUGUAGCUACCGGUGUAACAGUAGUUCUAAUCUCAAGAAGCACUGUCGUCACAGACAUCGCAACAUUUCUUAAUUUUUAAAUUUCUUGACAUUUAAUCAUUUAUAUAAACCAUAACAUUGUAUGCAAAGUGAAAUCUAAGAUGUGAUCAAUAUAAUGAUAAGACACAAUUAUUAAUUGUAAAAGAAACUAGAUUAAGCUGGAGUGAAAGUUCCUAGUCUUAAUAUUGAUAAUUAUUUCUAGAAUUCUAAACACACCAAGCAUUGUAAUGGUAAGCAAAUAUAUAUAAUGUAGUUCUGUAUGGAAUUCUAGCCUAUUAUGUAUGCUCAGCACUACAGUAGGAUAUAAAGAUAAUAAUAAUAAUUAUACUUCCUCUCUCUACGGCCCUGACCACCGGCAGCUUGGGCC